AUGCUGUCCCCAUGCGGACUGAGCCUUCAGACCCUCCUUUGGAUGCUGGUCCUCCUUUCCCUAGCGAUGGCCAUCCCGUUUUCAGCCAGUAAAUUCGAAGUCCGACCCAUUUUCAAUACAGAGCCCGAGCCAGAAGAACCAGACGAUUUUAAGUUUGGGAAAUUAAAGUUAUGUCCGCCAGGUAAGCAGUCCAAUUAUAUUCUCUAUUCUGUCCAUGAAGUUGUAUGUAUUUAUUUGUGUACCUAACUUAAAGUCAAAUUAUACGAUGUCUGCGAUGAUGCAUUCCCCUUUUUUACUGCAGCAUGUACUCAUCUUUUAUUCAUCGCUUGAGAGUAAGAUCUACCUCGUGGGAAUAGUAAUUGAGUUACAAUUCCAUUUAAUAAUUCAUAAGAGAGUUCAGGCAGAAGAAAUUCGGGAUUUUAUAUAUCCUUCCAAGAUGACGUCACUCUUCCAAAGAUUCUCUCGGCCUUUCUUCUAGCCAUUAUAGAUGUUCGUAUCUUGAUAGGGGAUGAUUUAUUGGAAGUAAUGUAAUUUGUAACCGCGGCGAUUAAUCUCCUUACUUAAGGCGGCCGCAGUUUCCUCGAGGCGUUUCAAUUAGCCUGCCCGAUGCGACGGAAACGUUCCGUCGACAAGAGCACGGUCCCGUUGAGUGAAAAGGACCCCAAUUAUCGACCGGCCACCAUCGACGAGUUCAUGCACAUCUGCUGUAAGAACGGCUGCGAGUUGACCGACUUCUUCCCGCAUUGUGCGCCCUUUUCCUGGGACUGAAGAAACGAGAGAGUACUGUAACAUUCUGUGUGUAUUUUGUAGAAAGUUGGCGAUGGAAAAGUGUUAUUAUUUGGCAAUGAAUUCUUGCGUAUUUAUUUUGUUUUUUAUUUGUAUUAUACGUUUUGUAAUAAAUAGAAUAGAUGACAGAACAGAGAACAGAGUCAUCAGGGAUUUAAAAGUAGUUAAAUUCUAAUCAAAGAAGGCUGUUAGCAUAAUUUAAUUACAAAUUAGGAUUCUCAAAUGAUCAAGGUCUCCUGAUAGCUCAUUUAUUGACGAUGGAAAGAUUAGUAUUGUUCUUGUGGUUAGUGGUGUUGUGCAAUGGGCAGAUUCCCACCGAAUUUCCAGAAGACCGACUUCCAGCAUUCCACUUUUGUCCAGCAGGUAAUUCAAUAAAUAAUUUACAAAUGGGGAACUCAACAAGUCUUAUAUUUAAAGAAACUCCCGAUUAGGAUCUGCUCUGACAAUCUCAAUUCUCUUCGAAUUGCAUCAGGUUGCGCUUUUCAGAAACAGCCGAGAAUUCGACGAGGGUUGUUGCUGAGAACUUAGCAGCCUUUUGAGAUUUGAUCUUUCACAGGUAAAAAGCUUCAUGGCUUACAAUUAGUAUUUAGCUGGCCUAAUAGAAAGGCGGUUCCAAAUUUGCUGGCAGUCAAGUUUAAUUCCCUGAAAGUACCAGGGAAAGAAUGCCAAAUUUUAUCCAAUUAUUGCAUCGCGAGCAUAAAACUUCAGAUCAACGGUUUGUAAAGACGCUUAGCCAUUACCUUCGACCUCUGACCUCAUUAUUUCCCUAGUUGGGUGGUCCCUCCAAAUAGAAAUUAUCAAUUUUCUUUUUACUUUUACUGUGCAUCUCCAAUUCUGAUGUGUAAUCUUGAAAUUAGAGUGUUUCUCAGAAAUCUUUUUCAUUGUGCAAACUGAAAAUCUUUAAUUGAAAGGAGUUUAUUCAAGAUUGUGUAACUUAUUAGACUCUCUUCAGGUCUUUAUUAUAUGUAAUUUAUAUGACCAUAGUACUACUUCAGGUGGGCAAACAUUUGUGGAAGCUCUUAUGGUAGCUUGUCCGUUAAGAAAAAAGAGAGAUUUGAAGAGUAAAAGGGCGACAAUCAAUCCCCAAUCCAUGUAUUCUCUGAUGCUGAGUAAAUCGAGAGGAUGGAACAAGCCGGCUUACGAUGAAUUCGCCGAUAUCUGCUGCAAGUUCGGAUGUAGAUACGAAGACUUCACGCAGUACUGUAACCCUUUCUAA